AUGCAGGUCUCCUUUGUGUGCUCCGAGCACAGCAUCAAGAGCCGGAGCGCGGAGGACCGGCUGAACCGACAGAAUGCCGGCAGCCCCAGCCUCGGCACCCGUGGCAAGUUCCGGGCGGUGGCCAUGGUGGCCCGCAGCCUGGGGCAGCUCUCAGUGCAGAACGCCCCCUCCUCCAGCGAGUCCAGCAUCAAGCAGCCAGGGAUGAAAUACCGGAACCUCGGGAAGUCUGGGCUGCGCGUGUCCUGCCUGGGCCUGGGGACGUGGGUGACUUUCGGAGGGCAAAUCACAGAUGAGAUGGCAGAGCAGCUGAUGACUUUAGCCUACGACAACGGCAUUAAUCUCUUCGACACGGCAGAAGUCUAUGCUGCUGGCAAGGCCGAGGUGGUGCUGGGGAACAUCAUCAAGAAGAAAGGGUGGAGACGGUCCAGCCUGGUCAUCACCACCAAAAUCUUCUGGGGAGGAAAGGCCGAGACGGAGAGGGGCCUGUCCCGAAAGCACAUCAUAGAAGGUCUGAAGGCGUCGCUGGAGCGGCUGCAGCUGGAGUACGUGGACGUGGUGUUCGCUAACCGGCCCGACCCCAACACGCCGAUGGAAGGGGACCCAUUUAGUUCCUCCAAGUCCAGGACUUUCAUCAUAGAAGCCUGGUGCCUGCGCAACGAGGGCGUCAGCUCCGUCUUGCUGGGUGCCUCCAACGCCGACCAGCUGAUGGAGAACAUUGGAGCAAUACAGGUCCUUCCGAAACUGUCAUCUUCCAUCAUCCACGAGAUCGAUAGCAUCCUGGGCAACAAACCCUACAGCAAGAAGGACUACAGAUCCUAAGCGCGCACGCAAGCGCGCUGCCCGCCGCGCAGCCCUCGCCGCCCGUUCGCUUGCUUACGCUUUGUUGGAGCAAAGUGGAGAGUGUGGUUUGCACCGUGAGCCCGACACACCGCGAGCGCUGAGAGCCAGCGCUCCCGCCCACGCUGCCCCGGACCAUCGUACCGCUGCCA